UGCGUUUUGGCGGGUUUGUUUAAACCGACCAGACUGUCAGUUUGGUUCGUAAACAUUAGCUGCAUCAACUCUGCGGAAUAUGGAGCGCGGGAGGCUGAGCCGGGCUGCGGUCAGCAGACAGUCGGACCUGCCCAUGCGAGUGCAGGACAGUAACAGGACCAGCAUGGUGUACACCACUCCCCAGAGUAAACAUUCCUUUGGAAAGCUCAACGUGCCGAAACCGCCCUCUGUGACCUCCGAGAGGCGGACCAGCUUCUUUGGUGCUCGCAGGACUAGCGGGGCCAGCAUGCCUCGUAACAGCACCAUGUCAGGGUUUGGAGGAACUGAAAAGAUCAAAGAUGCCAGACCUCUGCAUGACAAAUCAUUUGUUCAGCAGUGUAUAAGACAGUUGCAUGAGUUCUUGUCGGAGCAGGGUUACCCAGGCACUUUGUCAUCCAAGACUCUUCAGUCACCUUCAACAAAGGAGUUUGUAAAGAUGUUUGAGUUCAUUUAUCGCCAGCUUGAUCCAACCUUUGAGAUGCCAAACUCCAAAGUAGAGGAAGAAGUUCCAGCUAUGCUAAAGGCAAUAAGGUAUCCAUUUGUUCUCUCCAAAUGUUCAAUGUAUUCUGUUGGAGCGCCUCAUACCUGGCCCCAGGCCCUGGGUGCUCUCAUGUGGCUAAUUGAUAAUGUAAAGAUCUACUGGAGUUUGAAUAAGCAGGAGCUGCUGUUCAGUGAUUUCUGUGAGGAAAGCGACAACAUUGAGGAAGGUGUUGAGUAUAACAAGCUCUUUCUGGACUACACAGCUGGAUCAUACUCAAAGUUCAUGCAGGGGGAAGAUUCCUUUGAGGAUGAAGAUGAAACAUUUCUCACCAAACUAAAGAAACUUUACAACGUUGAUGAAGCGUUGCUGGCCUCGAUGGAAGAAAAACACCAAAUACUCAGUUCAGAGGUUGAACGUCUGGAGAAAGAGAGUCAUACAGACCGCCUAAUGACCAAGAGGAUGGAAAAGGUGAAAUUGCAGGCAGACUUAAAAAAACUCCAGAGCUAUCGCAGCAGCUUGGAGACUUUUAAAGCCAAUCUGGAGAAUAAGGCCUCUGAACUGGCAGAUGAAUUGGAGACCACCGUCGGUCAUCUGGAAUCUCUGAAACAUGAGAGUGAUGAACUGCAACAGCUCCUGAAGAACCAGAAGUUUACUCCAGCUGACGUUGAGAGGAUCAACAGAGAGAAGAGGGAACUCCAGCAGACCAUCGCCCGUCUCAGCAAGUCUCUGGAGGAUGCUGAGCAGCACAAGUGGAAUGAGGAGAUUGCUCUGGCCAAAGUGAAAGAGAAGGCAGAGCUGAAGGUGGCAGAAUACCACAAGCUGGCACGUAAACUGAAGAUGAUACCGCAGUCUGCAGAAAACGCCUGUGGCCACGAUUUUGAAAUAAGGCCAUUUGAAUGUGGAUCCGGCAGCAUGGUUCAGCAUAAAACACAGACACAGAUUCUUCUGAGAAAACUUAUCAGUGACGUGGAGGAGGAAAACAGUCGUUUAGCCAACUCGAAGCUCAGCCUAGACGAGUCUUGUGAGCAGGUAAAUUCGAACAUCAUGGAUAAGUCCAACGAUCUGAAGCAACUUCGAGAGCAGAUCCGGAAGCUGGAUGAACACCUGGACGGUGGCAUGCAGGAGCUAGCCCGAGAGGAACAGGAAUGGGCCGUAGAGGUGGAUACAGCGGAAAACCACCUCAAACUUCUUGAGAAGAAAGUAAAUUGCGGUUAUGAUGAGGCUGUGCAGCAACUAAAGGCAGCGCAGCAACAGUACCACCUUGUGCUGCAAGAGACCAACGAGGAGAGGCGAAUUGUUGCCAACAACCUGGCGUCUGCUUUUACCACAGCUGCAAACCAUUUAGCUGUUUCUGAGAAAGCCCAGGAGGAUCUGCACGCCAGGGUGCAGCGCAUCUGUUCAAAGGCAGUUGAAGAGGAUGAAUCGACCAUACAGAAGAUGCGGGAAAUCCUGAAGUCCAUGGCUCAUAAAGAUUCAUAAAGUUCAUUCAAAGAUGAAUCACAGGAUGAUUUGAAGGACAAUGGAAGCACUUGGAUUUCCACCUCUGCUUUUUGUUUUCCAUUUUGGAUAAAGUAAUUUUAAUUCUUAACCGGUCUCAGAAAUAUAUCACUUAUUUGUAUGUAUCUCAGAUUGUUUAUAUUCACAAUAACUAAUUUUUACACACUCGUAUUUCUAUUUUUCAUCUUAUGAAUAUGUUUGUGUUCAUCUUUUUUUCCCAGAAUAAAGUUAAACGAAACGUGUAAAUCUACUGAUUUAAUUGCAUAUUAAAAGAAAAAUGGUCUGUAUUAUCUGUAAACUCUUUGAUCAUCAUCAGUUCUUCCUUCGUGGCAGUGAUGUCAUAUAGUAACCACUAGAUGGUAGCAUGCAUUAACUGACUUGAAACCAAUUUACUUGGUUGACUGAAACAAAUCUUUUGUAGUGUAAAUUAUUGAUACAAUAGCAGUUUAAUGAUUACCAAUAAAUUCAAAAGUGAA